AUGGCCAACACCUCGCGAGAUGGCACCUCCAAAGCCCCAAUCAACCGCCAAACGACAACGCCAUUCCACCUGAAGCUUUUCUACCGACUCAACUCCUAUCACUCGCUAUCAGACUACAGUCUCCCUGAGCCUUUGCGCCGCAAUGGUCCCGUCAGUGGCCCGAAUGCCAUCCGCGCUCAAUCACCUCCCUCAACCGCAGCCUCCCUUCCCCCACACCUCGAGAUUUACACAUGGCAGUCAUGUACGCUACGCGAGCUCUCCCAGCUUCUCACCUCUGCCCUCCCGACACUCUUGCCUGAUCCACCUGUGGGCACUCGUCUCUGCUUCCGUUUGAUCUAUCCCGACGCGCGCAGUGCGGCCAUGAUGGGACCCGAUACGCGCGGGCGAUACUUGAGUAGGGACCUAGGCAGUGUCAUUGUGGCCCCGCGAGAAAGCCCCUACCGUGACAGCGAGGACGCAGAUGGACGGACAGAGACUCGGUCACGAGGCGGGCCCUUGCGCUUCCAAGGUUCAGAUGCGGAUAAGGCUCUGCAGGACGUGCGCUUCAUUAUCGGAGAUUACAUUGAAUGUGCCAUUCUACCCCCGUUAGAAGAUGGUUCGGUUGCGCCCAUGGCGCGCAGUAACCCCGGCCCUCCUCCGCCCGUGGGAGGCGGCAUGCGUGCUUUCCGCGAUAACGGAUUCGGGGGACGUGGGCCCCGAGGCGGUCCUCGCGGCGGCGAUCGUGGAGGCCCUCCUGCUCUUCCUAUGGGGGAUUGGAAACGAGGAGAGAGGCUACCAGAAGGAGCUCCUCGAGGCGGAGGUCGCCGAGGAUGGGGCCCGUAUUGA